CAUGCGUGUAAGCAUACACUACAUUUGCGAAAAAUGGCAGCUGACGAAUAGAAAAAAGUGGAUCUUCAGUCGAAAAAAAGACGGCACUUAUUUUCGCAGACAAACUGGGUGAACAUCCCGCACCCCGUUUAUCGUCCUAACGGCAUCCUCAUCCGUCAACAUGGGAAAGACUCCACUAAAAGAUCAGAAAGACGGCAAAAAAGAGAAACUGGGAAAGCCUCUCCCACUGCCAGGUACGACCCCUGCAGCAACUAAAGAUGCGUUCAGCUGGGAAGAAUACCUGAAGGAAACAUCGUCCACACCGGCGCCAGCAGGCUGCUUUCGUCAGGCCAGAGUCCCUCCCUCCAACGACUUCAAAGUGGGCAUGAAGCUCGAGGCUCACGACCCUCGCAAUUCCACCUCGGUUUGUAUCGCCACGGUGAUGGGCUUAACCGGGGUUCGUCUCCGUCUCCGCCUGGACGGCAGCGACAACAGCAACGACUUCUGGAGGCUGGUGGACUCGUCCGACAUCCAGCCUAUCGGCACCUGCGAAAAGAACGGAGAUAUGCUGCAGCCGCCGCUGGGAUUUCGAAUGAAUGCCUCCUCCUGGCCCAUGUUCCUGUUGAGAACCCUGAACGGAGCAGAGAUGGCACCAGUAACAGCCUUCAAAAAUGAGCCUCUGAGACCUCCUCAAAACAGUUUCAAGCCAGGCAUGAAGCUGGAGGCGGUGGACAAGAAGAACCCGUACCUCAUCUGCCCCGCCACCAUCGGAGAAGUGAGAGGCGACGAGGUGUUCAUCAUGUUCGACGGCUGGAGGGGGGCCUUUGAUUACUGGUGCAAGUACGACUCCAGGGACAUCUUCCCCGUGGGCUGGUGCUCCCUCACCAAGCACAGUCUCCAGCCACCAGGCAACAGUGUUACUCUUCCGAAGAACCUGCAGAUUCUGCCGUCGUCGCCCUCCAAACCCAGCAGGCGCUCCAUGCAGUUGCCCUACAGAUACCCCACUCUGCCCGCUCUGCCCGUGAGGAAGGGGGUGAGAGGCCGUCGGCCCAAGAGCGAGACGCUCGCUCUGCUCAAAGCCGUGGCGGAGGCCGCGGCUUCCCACAACGGAGCCGUUCCUGACGACAUGCCGCUGGUGCCCCGGGUUCACAAGAAAAGAGGACCCAAAUCAGGAAGUAAGCGAAGGUCCAAGCUUCUGCAGAGCCCGACGCAGCUGCCAAGCAUCCAGGUUCCACAAGAAAACCCUCCCUGCCUCAACUCGGUGGUUUCAACAGUGUGCGUGUACGUGAAUAAGCACGGGAACUGCGGACCCCACUUGGACAGGAAGCAGAUGCAGCGCCUUCCGGACCACUUUGGGCCGGGGCCAGUGAACGCCGUGCUUCAACAAGUGGUCCAGUCAUGUAUAGACUGCGCCUACCAGCCGAAAGUCCUCCUCAGCGCUCUGCAGAGUGACUCGGGGGGAGGCGAAGCUGUCAAAGUGAGAACAGACGGCGGUGUCCGUGUGAUCAAACUGCCGUCCGCCUCCAGUGCUUCCUUCGUGUUACGCUUCCUAGAGAGCAUGUGCCGUCACCUUCAGUGUGACAACCUGUUCAGCAGCCAGCCGUUCAGCCACUACGCCGCCUACGACAGGAACAAGUCUGUGAAAGAAGAGGCGCUUGACGUUCCCUCUCUGGCCCGGGGCGGUAAACGCAGCCUCUCAGGGGUCUCUCCUCUGUACGCCGCACCUCUCUCCCCCAAACAUUUACGAGCCGAGGCUCACCCGUCUGAAGCAGAGACUCUGCCGCAUGAAGAGAACAGCCACAUCAAGGAGCAGCGGUACAUGGACUCGGCUUCCAACUCCAUGACCCCCCGACCCCAAACGGCGCGGAGCUCCUCCGAGUACCACCCUCAGGCCAACAGCCUCUACCAUCACAGCGGCAGCGCCGCGAUGCGCCGCCACUCGUCUAACUCGGCAGAGCUCAGCUCGACGCAGCCUCUCAGACGAGUCGAAGCAGCUAGCUCCACCACCGGUUCCGAAUCGAUGGAUCGAGAGAAAUUGCAGCUGCCCAGUAAAAACCCUUCCUCCUGGUCCAUUGAGGAGGUGAUGCAGUUCGUCCGGGACGCGGACCCCACGGCGUUAGCGCCUCACGCAGAACUAUUCAGAAAACAUGAGAUUGACGGAAAGGCUUUGAUGCUUCUACGGAGCGACAUGAUCAUGAAGUACAUGGGUCUGAAACUGGGGCCGGCUCUGAAGCUCUGCCAUCACAUAGAGCGGCUGAAACAAGGCAAACUGUAAAGAGAGGAGCCUGGGCGGCCGUGAUUCUCUAUCAGAACUGUGAGCAAUAAGCCCAGAAAGAGCCAGCGGUUCUGGAUCCUGACUCAUGGGGCCACACAGGGGUUACAUGUUACACUAGACUCCUCCUGGAGGAGAGGGGGCACUUUUCGAUGUUACUACUUCAACGCGACUUCCAGAGCAGGAGUUUAGGGGGGGGGAAGAAGAAGAAGAAAAAAGUGUGCCGUGCAUCGCUGACGCAUUACCUCAUCCCCCCUCAUCGGCGAAUAAGAAGCUGUUUAAGUCUAAUAAACAAACGCUGACUUCUAAGAAAUCCCAAAGCAAGAGUGAUCCCUGUAGUGUUUACGUCGCAUCACACAAGGACGACUUUUUUCCCCUUUUUUAUUCUUUUUGUAAAGGAGCUGAAAUGUUUUGAUCCUGAUUUUUGGAUCCCCAAAGAUGGAGAAUGUUUUUUUUUUUAUUCUUAUUAUUACUGUCGAAUUUCUACCUAAUGAGAAAGGAUUCGCAUACUGAGAAAAGGCAAACAUGAAACGUUCGUCAGAAGAGAAUUUCUUUGCUUGUAUCUGUACUGUUGCUUUAGUUAUUUUCAUUCCCUACUCAUCUGCCUAAAAGUAUAUCAUCUGCCUGAAGGAUGCUGCGCUGUGCAGACAGACAUUUUCACAGACUGUCAGUGUCAUUGCCAGGAAUAACGUUAUCUAUUUUUUUUUUUUUAACUGAGUUGGACGGUUUUGGAAUUAUUAACUAUAUUAUUGUAUCUUAGCGGGUUCGAAGUUGCCUCUCAUCGGUAAAGAUGCUCCGAUCAGAAUUCAGUGGCCGAUGUCUGAUCUUCAGUUUUUGUCAAUCUCUCUUUAUUAAGUAUAAUAUACCAAACCAUUCUACAGUCCCUGCUUAUAAGCUAUUUAUGUUAGAGGCGACGUCACACCAUGUGUGUGUGUGAGCAGUUGCUGUAAAACAGGCCGUUUAACUUUAAAAUUCCUUUAGUUCUUGUAUUAUCUCGGUCAACAUGACCUGAAACAACGGGCUCUGCACUUCUGAGAGAAGGUACAUUCUUAUCUUAGGUCUGAGGUUUCCAAAAUGCCGACUUUUACAAAUCCAAAUUAUUCCGUCGCAGAACAGUCAAAGGCUGAAAAGGAUAAUGUUGCUUUUACGCAAGAAGUGGGCAAUGUCACUAGAAGGUGGUUUUUUAUCAGCUAAGAACUGAUAAAUGUUGACGAAAGCGUUAUCGUUCACCAUCACAUCCCGAAUACCCGAGUAAAUUUAUGAAUAGGGAAAUCAGUGGUGCUUGUUAACAGCUUUUGUUUUAGAAAAAAAAAAAUCUCAUUUCUUGCAGAUAGAAAUGCCAAUUCAAUAUCUACAUAAGUUAUAGUAGAUAUAGUAGAAUACCUUACUAGGUAUUAUAUAUAUAUAUAUAUAUAUAUAUAAAUCUAACUUCUGUCCUUUAUGCAUUUUU